AUGGCAGAAGAUAAGUCGCAAGUUAAAAUCAGGUUCUUCACUCGUGAGAAAGAUGAAGCUCUACAUGUUCAAGAUACACCAAUGUACGCUCCUGUCUCAUUGAAGAGAUAUGGGUUGUCUGAAAUUGUCAAUCAUUUAUUGAGCUCGGAAAAACCUGUUCCUUUUGAUUUUUUGAUUGACGGUGAGCUGUUACGUACUUCAUUGCACGAUUACUUAACCAAGAAGGGUUUAUCGAGCGAAGCCUCAUUGAAUGUGGAAUAUACUAGGGCCGUUCUUCCACCAUCCUACUUAAAUAGCUUUAGUAAUGAGGACUGGGUUAGCUCCUUGGAUGUAGGUGACAACUCCAAACAUAUCAUCAGUGGUUCUUACGACGGUAUUGUUCGUACUUGGAAUUUAUCUGGUAAUGUGCAAAAGCAAUACAGUGGUCAUUCCGGUCCUAUCCGUGCUGUCAAAUACAUUUCAAAUACAAGAUUAGUUUCGGCUGGUAACGACCGUACUUUGAGAUUAUGGAAAACCAAAAAUGAUGAUUUGAAGUCAACCACACAAGAACAGGCACAAGAGGACGGUGAUGAUGAAGAAGCAAACAUAGAAGACGGUAAGACAUUGGCUAUCUUGGAAGGCCAUAAGGCACCAGUAGUCUCUAUUGAUGUUUCAGACAACAAAAGAAUACUAUCUGCGUCUUACGAUAAUUCUAUUGGAUUCUGGUCCACUGUUUACAAGGAGAUGACUGUUGUGGAUCCAUUAGAAGAUAUAAACAAUCCGAAUAAUAAAAUAUCGACUGCUGCUAGAAAAAGGAGAAAGCUAAUUAUGAAAGAUGGUACAAUUAGGAGACGUGCCCCGCUUUCUCUAUUAGAAUCUCAUACAGCCCCUGUAGAACAAGUGAUUUUUGAUUCCUCCGAUAAUACUGUCGGUUAUUCAGUAUCUCAAGAUCAUUCUAUUAAGACAUGGGAUUUGGUUACUGCAAGAUGCAUAGACACAAGAACCACAUCUUACUCGUUGCUUUCCAUCGCACAAUUGCCUAGUUUGAACUUGUUGGCAUACGGGUCCAGCGCCAGACAUAUCACAUUGCAUGACCCACGUAUAGGAGCAUCUUCUAAAGUUACACAGCAGCAACUAAUUGGUCAUAAGAACUUCGUUUCUUCGCUGGACUCGUGUCCUGAGAACGAGUAUAUAUUAUGCUCAGGUUCUCAUGAUGGGACCGUGAAGGUAUGGGACGUCAGAUCCACUUCUCCCAUGUACACCAUAACAAGAGAAGACAAAUCGGUUCAAAAAGGUAUCAAUGACAAAGUCUUCGCUGUUAAAUGGGCUGAAAAGGUGGGUAUUAUCAGUGCUGGUCAAGACAAGAAAAUUCAGAUAAAUAAAGGAGACAACAUCUUCAAAAAUUGA